AUGUAAUUAACAAAAGAAAAUAUUGAAUUUUAUAUACAAAGAAGAAAAUAGUAUUGCUUAGACUUCCUACAGUAAACCAAUCAAUUCAAACCAAAAUUAGCAUAAUUAUAAAAAAGAUUGAUUGCUACUAAAUAGGGAAUAGAUGGUCCUAUUAAAUCAAUUUCACAUCAACAAAAAAUCAAAAAAGUCAAUAAGGUCUUGGCAUCACUUUCAAAAUCAAAAGAAGUUUAAAACAAAAUUGAUAAAGAAAUGAUUCGUUGUUAGUGCCAAUAUGAAUUAGAUGAGGUUCCAAAUUGCAAGUAUAGAAUAAUGCAAUUUUAGUUUCAAUUAUUCUUAAACCUGUAAUAAGAUACAAUAGGCUAUGAUACCUUUGAUUAAAAAUCUUCAAAUAUAAAUUAAAGGUAAGUAAAAUGAGAUUUCGAGCGAUUAAGAUUGUGCUGAUUUGUACAUAAAAGUAUAUUAAAAAUAUUUAUAAAGAAAGGUGAGUUUUAACAAAUGCAACAUAAAUCAAAGAGAUUAUAAUAAAUUAUAGAGAAAUUACAUAUAAUGGAGUUACAAUAGGAAGAAAAGGUUUAUAGAGAAAGUAUUAAAAAAUUAGAAAAAUUUGAUUAAGAUGAAGAAUAUGAUGAAACACUACCUUAUUAGACAUUAUUAUCAAAAAGAAGGUUAGAGGCAAAGGUAUUAAUUGAUGAAGAGAGAAAAUAGAAAAAAUAGAUUGAAAAUGAAAGGAUUAAAGAGAAUAUUGAAGAAUAGAAAUAAAAAUAUCAUUUAUUAGAUAAUAAAAUAAAAAUACAUUAUCGAAAAAUAGGUAUAUAAAAGGGAAAAUUAGAGAGUAUGAGUGAAUAAAUGAAUGAUUAAAAAACAAUAACAUAAAUUAAUGUAGAUUCUCAAAAUUCUGUAAAAAAAUAGUUAUUAAAAAGUAUUUUAAAAGCAGAUAAAAGGUUUUCAUUAACAUUAUUUUCAACAUAAUUGAAUAACUCAAAUAUACCGUAUUAUGUUAAUUUUAUGAUUAAGCCCUGUUUGUUGUGAAAAUAAUGGUUUAUCAGCCACUAAUAUUAGCAAUAUUAAUAAUACAUAAAGAAAUAUUAGAAAUAAUAUUGGAAAAAAUACAUUUUAGUAUUUUAACAAGAUAGAAAGAAGAUAUCAUACCUUAGGAUAAUAAUUAGAAAAUAAAUCAAAUUAUGA